AUGAAACACUGGUCACUCAUUUUUGUAGCUACAGUAGCCAUUGCAUCAUCUAGCAAUGCAGUGGUAGCAUUAUCGCCCCCCAUUGAGCCACUCUCGUGGGAUGAGGCACAUGUAAAAGCCGAAAAACUCGUCAAGCAAAUGUCUUUAGAGCAAAUUGCUAGCAUUACCAAAGGAUCUGGUUUAUUCACAGGUCAAUGUGUUGGCAAUUCAGGUGGCACCACACAUCCGGAUUUCCCUAGUUUAUGCUUGGCUGAUGGUCCCCUCGGUGUUCGUGGUUCACCUUUUUCCAGUGCAUUUGCAGCAGGUAUUACAGCUGCAGCAUCCUUUGAUAAAGACGCCAUCCGACAGCGUGGGAUCGACAUGGGCGCAGAAUUCAGGGGCAAAGGUGCCAAUGUCCAAUUGGGGCCAUCCAUGAACAUUGCACGUAAUGCACGUGCUGGAAGAAAUUGGGAGGCUUUUGGUGAGGAUCCUUAUCUCUCAGGUGUGGCAGCAGCAGAAACAAUUCAUGGUAUCCAAAGUCAAGGCGUGAUUGCAACAGCAAAACAUUUCAUUGGAAAUGAGCAAGAAACCAACCGGAACACAGAGUCUUCAGUAAUUGAUGACAGGACCUUGCACGAAGUUUAUCUAUGGCCAUUUGCGCGAUCUGUCGAGGCGGGUGUGGGCACUGUUAUGUGCUCAUACAAUAAGCUAAAUGGAACAUACGCAUGCGAAAACGACUAUGCGUUGAAUCACAUUUUGAAAAAGGAAUUGGGUUUCCGUGGCUGGGUACAUAGCGAUUGGCUAGCCACACACUCGACCACCAAAGCUAUCAAUAACGGAUUGGACAUGACCAUGCCUGGUGGUAUCUUGUAUUUUGGAUCAGCUUUGGAAAGAGCUGUUAAGCAUGGCGACAUUGAUUAUUCAAGGGCUCGUGAUAUGGCUCAACGCAUUGUCGCUGCCUGGUACAAGAUGCGCCAAGAUAAGGAUUACCCAGCGGUUCGAAUGAAUGUGAAUACUGCCAGCAAGGAUCCCGGAGUAAAUGUGCAAGAAGAUCAUAAAAAGUCGAUCCGUGAAAUGGGUGCUGCUGCAACCGUGCUUUUGCGUAACAACAAUAAUGUCUUACCUCUCGAUACUUCCUCCAUCAAAAAGAUUGCUAUCAUUGGGGGUGACGCUGAUUCCAGCCGUGACAACAACACAUCAUCUAUGGUGCAAAUUGGUGGUCAAGGCACAUUGAUCCAAGGUGGAGGUUCUGGCAGCUCCAAUGUUCCUUACAUUGUAUCUCCGCUGGAUGCCAUUACAUCGCGUGCCGACGCCUUUGACAUAGACGUCGCUUCUAGUAAAAGCGACAUUUUGAAGCACAAGGCUGCCGAAACUGCCAAGGAUGCUGAUGUUGCCAUUGUAUUUGCCCAAUUAUAUGCCGAAGAGGCUUUCGAUGUCACUUCGCUCAAGCUAAAAACUGAUGGUUUGAUUGAAGUUGUGGCAGAUGCCAAUAACAACACGAUCGUCGUCAUCCAUUCCGGCAAUGCUGUGUUGAUGCCAUGGGCCGAUCAUCCCAAUAUCAAGGGUAUCCUGUGGGCUGGUAUGCCUGGUCAAGAAACUGGAAACUCGUUAGCUGAUGUCUUGUUUGGAGCUGUCAACCCCUCUGGAAGAUUACCCAUCACAUUUGCAAAGCAAGCAUCUGAUUAUCCUUCGGACAUUUCAUGGAAAUUAGAGUUUGAAUAUGAUGAAAAGCUCUUGGUUGGAUAUCGAUGGUUCGAUGCAAAGGAUAUCAAACCACAAUUCGAAUUCGGUUUUGGUCUUUCAUACACAACCUUUGAAUACAAGGAUCUCCACGUGCAUGUUGAAAAGAACACCACCAGCAAUGUGACAGCCAAGAUGCAAAUCACUAAUACUGGUUCAAGAGAUGGUGCUGAGGUGACCCAACUCUACCUUGCAUUUCCUGAAUACGUACAUGAACCUCCCAAGGUGUUACGAGGAUUUGAAAAAGUCUUUUUGAAAAAGGGGCAUACAGCCAACGUUACGUUUGAGCUUACCAAGACCGAAUUAAGUGUAUGGGAUGUCAAGAAGCAAAAGUGGGUUGUGCCUUCCGGUGACUACGAGGUGCUUAUUGGAGCAAGCAGCCGUGAUAUUCGCUUGCAUGAGACUUUUACUCUAUAA